AGAAAGUGGCCCACUCGCGGCACUCCUUCAUCCGAUGAAGUGGCACGUCGGCAGAGGGCGAACCGGACCGGACCGGACGUAACAGCAGAGAGUCAUCCAAAUUUGGAAGAGCUGAGCUGUCCAGCCCCUGCUCUCCUCCUCGUCAUCCUCUCCCUAUCAGCUAAGCUCCAAACUCACUUCAGCCAAGCAAUCCCAAAAAUCUCCUGCUCUCCUGCUCUCCCUCUCCCUCUCUACCCGUCGAGCUCCGGUGCUUCGGCUCCCAUGGCUGACGCCUUCACCACCAUCGCCGCUUCGACUUCUCUCUACACCAUCUCCUCCUGCCGCCUCGCCCCGGCGAGGGCGAGGCUCCCGGAGUCCAGAGGCCUCAGGAUCAGGCCGGCCUCCGCCGCCCGGUCUCUCCGAUCAGUGAGUCACUGCUCGAGGCGGAGCCGCAGCGGAGCUGGCGCGAUCGUUUGCGAGGCUCAGGACACCGCUGUUGAAGUUCGUCCAGUUACUGAUGCCACAUGGCAAUCCCUUGUUCUGGACAUCGAAACUCCAGUACUGGUCGAGUUCUGGGCCCCAUGGUGCGGACCCUGCAGAAUGAUCCACCCUCUGAUCGAUGAACUGGCUAAGCAAUAUGCUGGAAAGUUCAAGUUCUACAAGGUGAACACCGACGAGUCCCCGGGGAUCGCCACGAGGUAUGGCAUUAGGAGCAUCCCGACUGUCAUGAUCUUCAAGGGCGGCGAGAAGAGAGAUACUGUCAUUGGAGCUGUCCCCAAGACCACGCUGACCACCAGCAUUGAGAAGUUCUUAUAGAGGCAGCGAGGGGAAAAGAUGCCUCUUCUAGAAAUAAAUGCUCGAGUUGGAUUUCUCCCUGUGUAGCUCCUUCCGUUCUAGUUUCAUCUCUUUCGGUGGUAUUUAGUAAGGUAUGUCACAGAACUUCUGUAUAGAUUGAGGGAUGCUGUAUCGCUGAUUUCCUCAAUAUCAAUAUUAGUGAUGCCACAUCUAAGGUGAAACUUCGGUUUCUUUGCUUCCAUGGUCAUAUAAGGUUUGAUCUGAUACUAGCAUAACAAAGUGGAAAUGCGCCAUUGGAAUAUCGAUCUUGGGGAGCUGCAGUGUUCUGAACUUUUGAAUGUUUGGUUUUAAUUCUCACAAUAUUCAAUGAAAUAUUAAGUUGUGGAAUGAUAAACUCGCUUUUAUGGCGUUGCAAGUC